UUGGUAUAUUUCUGAGAGUCGGACGGUAUAUUUUGACGAUAAAUCCCAGCUGUCAGCUGUCAAACUCAUGCUAUCGACGUCUUCCCUUUCUUUCUUUUCCGGUCGCUGAACAGACCUCCGCCAAGAUGAGGAAAAUCAUGAAGCAGGGCAAGAUCGUAAUCGUCCUUAGCGGACGUUACGCUGGCCGCAAGGCCAUCAUCGUCAAGACCUCCGACGAUGGCACCCCGGAGAAACCCUUCGGGCAUGCUCUGGUCGCCGGUAUCGAUAGGUACCCUCGCAAGGUGACCAAGAAGAUGGGCAAGAACAAGUUGAAGAAGAAGUCUAAGAUCAAGCCUUUCCUGAAGAGCCUGAACUACAACCAUCUGAUGCCCACCCGCUACACGGCGCAUGACAUCAGCUUCGAGAAACUGUCGCCCAAGGACCUGAAGGAUCCCGUCAAGCGCAAGACACACCGUUUCCAGACCCGCGUCAAGUUUGAGUCCAUCUACAAGGAGGGCAAGAACAAGUGGUUCUUCCAGAAGCUGCGUUUCUAAGCUAGAAACUAAUGGGAUGAUGAUGAUUUAAUGUCGUCGUUUUUUUAAGGUUAAAUAAAAAAACAUAAUUCUGAUUUAAAUGACCGAA